UGGCACUGCUGAAGAUGACUGACUGAUCCAGCUGGCCUCACAUGAUGACGCUGCAUUCUCCCUGACACUCAUCAUGACUCAUCACUUCCUCCCACCCAGAGUCCCAGCGCGGGAAGAGUGAGAGCUGACUCGUGAGAGGGAAUCAGCGUGAGGUGAUGCAAGGAGGAAAGAAGCAGCAAGACUAGGCUGGUCACGAUCUGGAGAUGCCAAACCCCCAGUGCGCAUGCUCCCUGCAUCUUUUCUGGUCCUCUGAGCCCCACGGGGAUGCAGUGACGUCACAACCCAGCCCUCCAGCCUCCUCCUAAAUGCUGAGCUGCUGAAGCUAAGAGGGAGAUAGCACAUGAGGAUGGAGUGAAUCGGAUCAGGCAACAGUCCUUCCCCCCUUCAUUCAACCACCCACUCACCCAGCCAGCCAUCCAGCUCUCUCUCUGUUUCUUGUUAGCAUCCAGCCAGGAUAGCGCAGGAGCAGGACACACAGCCAGCCAUGCAGACAUCUGUGGAGUUAAAGAGGUCCAUCUCUGCCACUGGGGAGACAGACAGGCCAAUGAAGAGCUAUGGGGCAGUGGAGGCGACUGACUGGAAAACAGGACUGGGUAAAAAUCAACUGGAUAUUGUGUCAAUGGCUGAAACCACAAUGAGUCCUGGAGAGAUUGAGAUGGAAAUGACCAAAAUCCAGCGGCUUCGAGAAGUCUUGGUGAGGAGAGAAUCAGAACUCAGAUUCAUGAUUGACGAUAUUCAGUUGUGCAAAGAAAUCAUGAACUUGAAACAAGAACUGCAGACGUUAGUAGACAUGCCAGAAAAAGAGAAGACAAAUCAACAGAAGAAAAGAGAAGACGAGCUGAUACAAAAGAUUCAGAAGCUGGUGCAGAAAAGAGAUUUUCUGGUAGACGAUGCAGAGGUGGAGAGAUUAAGGGAAAAAGAAGAAGAUAAGGAAAUUGCAGAUUUCCUCCGCAUCAAAUUGAAACCUCUUGACAAAGUCGCAAAGCAGGUUUCCACUCCCGUACCGGAGAAAAUAAAAGAACUCCCACCUUCCAAACCUUCCCUUACAAAAACAGGCAUGGCGGUCCUCAAAGACUGUUGUGGAACAACCCAAUGCAGCGUUAUGUAG